UCCGAGAAGAAUGCAACGCCUUGGUCAAAAACUCGCCUUACUGAUCUCCUGGAAGGUCUCACAGUAGAGGAAGGUCCCGUGUGUGUAAAAUUGGAAUCAAUAAAAACGCUUGAAGGGGAAGCUACUGCUAAUAACCGUAAAGCAAAGCUUAUAUUUCUGUAUGAGUGGGAAAUCAAAAUCGGGUUCAUCGGACGUGUAGCGGGUUCAGAUACUGAAUAUAAAGGUACCUUGGAAAUACCGAAUCUCAGCGAUGAAAAUGAUGCAAGUGAAAUUGAUGUGAACGUAUCUGUGGACACCAAAGGUCCUCACGAAGCUGCAAUAAGGGAGUUGCUGAGCAAAGCUGGAACCGAAAAAAUCCGGGCUGCGCUUGAUGUAUAUAUACGUGAGCUUAAAGAGGAAUUUAGUAAAGGUCUCAUUCUUCCGACAGACAAAGUCAAGCCUCAGGUUGUAACGAAAGGAAAGACCGCUGUCGUAGAUAAGAAAAGCUUCCAAAAUAUGGUCAUAACUGAUGACAAAAGCAACGCUCCAAAAACUGUUGAAAAGUUCGACGUGAAGUCAGUGGAAAUAAGCGAGUCAUACAAAGUGCCUCCUGAUCGCCUUUUCGAAGUUUUAAGCGAACCUAAUUACGUCCGGGUGUGGGCGAAUGGUAAUGUGGAGUGGGAUUUCAAACAAGGUGGAAAGUUUGCUCUUUUUGGUGGCACCGUCACGGGAACAUUCGAGGAAAUUAAGACCAACGAACAAAUCACCAUGUCGUGGAGGUUGAAAUCUUAUCCAAAUGACCAUCAUGCUAAGAUCAAGUUUACGCUGAAAGAUGAGAGUGAUUCCACAUCUUUGACUGUGAAUGCCGAAGGAGUGCCAUCACACAUGGCAGAAGAGACUCGCAAUGGGUUAACUCGUUACUACCUGCAGUCCAUCGCUCGCUCAUUUGGUUUCAGUGCACGUAUAAACUAA